AUGUCAUCAUCGAUUAUCGAUGGAAUAAGCGUGGAUCAACUAUUGACCUAUUUGGAACAAGAAAACAAACGGACAGGAAUGAGGAUGGGUUACAAACUUCCAACACAGAUCGAUCAUCCACACCAUUCAAGAAUUGAAUUAUUAUGUGGAACAUGUGGACAUGAAUUGGGUCUUUCAUCGGAAGCUUCAUCAUCAAGUGUUACUCAGGUCCGAAUGAAACAAAUGGAUCGAAAUUUUAUCAGCAUUUCCAUUCCAUUUGAUCAUCCUUUCGAUACCGUUGAACCUUUCAUUCCAUUGUUGGAAUUUAAAAAUUUAAAGAUGAUGUUGAACAUGAAUGGAAAAGACUUGAUUCUUGAAUGCAAAAAUUGUGGUUCUCAAUUGGGAAGUGCUGCAUUGCCUUCUCAUCAUCACAAACCAAAGACCAAAAUAGAAGUAGAUGUACAGAAUCAUCAUCACGAUAAGAAGGAACACUCCAUUACUACCGUUCUGAAUGGAAAAUUAUUUUGGAAAGACAUUUAUCGUUAUCAACAAGGAGAAGCAUUGAAUCCUUUAAUUCUUUUGCCAAAAAACUUGAAUCUGUCACUUGUUCCCUUCUCGACGAAUCAAUCUGUCAAGGCCUCACAACAAGCUUCUCGAGAACCAAAUGAGAUUCGUUUUAAGAAAAUUAUUCAACGACAUGUGGAAGAAGAGGAACGAUUGCGCCAAGCUGCUAUUGUUACUUCACAAGAGAAUUCUACGACAAUUGAAAAGUAUCAAGCUUAUUUAAGAGAUGGAGAAAUGGUAAAACGAAAAAUGUUUAAACGAUUACAUAAUUUGAAAAUGAGUGACCAGGAUUUAGAGAAUGAUGACAUGUGGAAAAAGUGGCUUUUUUGGUAUCGAGACAAAAACAUUCCAGCCUUGUAUGAUAAAUUUAAUCAAUUAUUGAGAGAUGAAUUUCAUGGAAAUAUCAGAGGUGUUCGAAAAAUUGAAGAAGUUAUUAAGGGACAUCUCUUGGAAGAUUUUCAAUUGCAUACAUCAGUGUUAAAAUUGAAACAGUUGGUGGAGAGUGACGACGCAAACGACAAGUUUGAAUUGAGAUCCAUCCUUCACAGAAGAAUUUUCAAUGAGGAACUAUUGCCAUCCAGUUCUUUUGAGGUUUUACCUUAUUCGAGUUCUGUAUGUGAAGAACAUUACAAGGAAAAAUUCUUUUGUUUCAUCGACUUGACAAAGGCAAACUUUUCCACAUUGAGAACAUUUGAUCCUGACAUUUUUGGAGGGGAUCACAACAUUACUUGGAGACAGUUUCUCAAUAAGGAAACCACUUUUGAACUCUUUCAUAGCUUUCAAUAUACUAUUCGACAUCCAGUUUUUGGAAAAUUGAAUCACGGAUUUUCCACACGAAAGAUGAUAGAAAUAGCAGAGCAUGAACAAUUGAACAUACUCUACAACAUGAUGAAAAAGCACUUACUGAAAGAACAUCCACAUUUAUUUGAAGAAUCUCACUUGUUUGUACCACCCAUUCAAUGUGCCUCUGAUGCAUUCUUUUUCUGUUUCAAUACUUUACAAGACGCAAAAGUUGUCUUUGAUGCUUUGUGUCGAUUCGAUACUGAACUCUUUCCCAAUGUGAAAGAUUUAAUUCACUUGACCGUCUUUAAGAAUCAUUAUUAUUAUUUUACCAAUGAAGAGAUCAAUUCAGAGAGUAACUACUGUGGAAAUAACCAUUUUGAUAUCUAUUUUGAUAACCAAUUCAAUGACAACCAAUUCAAUAACAACAACAACAAUGGGCCACAAAAAAAGAUGAUGGCAGUUGCAUCACCACAACCUCGCAAUCUCGUUGGUGUGGUGUUCAUGACCCUCGCCUUUGUGAUGAUGAUGACUCAUCUUGUGCAUGGAAUUCCUCCAAAUUUUGUUCCCUAUUCUGCCUUUGAUCCUUAUCAUUACCCCAAUUUUACAUCAGUUCCUUGUUCCGCGCCAAAUGCCAAUCUUGUCAAUAUUUACAAGAGAACAGUUCAAAAUUUAUUGACAAGCUUUACAUUGGCCGAAAAAGAUGAUUUAUUCUUAUUAAAUUCUAUUUUGCAAAUUUCGAAUCCCGCACCUGCUCCUCAAGAAAUUCUUAAUAGAUAUGCUGAAGAUUAUGGACACAUCUUUCAUCAUGUGCCACUUGUCGUGUUCGUUCCAACUCAAGUCAGUCAGUUGUCAAAAUUGAUGCGAGCUGUGAAAGUCAAUAAUUUUGCAGUUCGAGAAGGAGAUGAUGAUGACCAUGUGGAUCGUUCUGCACAAAAGAUCGUUGCCAAGAUUAAAGUUGUGAUUCGAGGUGCUGGCGGAAAUGUCGAAGCAGCAUCUCAAGUCAUUAGCAUUGCUGAUCAUGAAGAAGCAAUUCCUCCACUCUACAUUCUCAUUGACAUGGGUUCACGUUACACACAAGUGUCCGACAGCCUCCAAGUGUCAGGUGCCAAAAAGUCCAUUUGGGCACAAGCUGGAGCUCAAUGGGUUUCUAUCGUGCGAGCUGCAGCUGCUCAUCAUUUGAGACCUUUGGUCGUUCCAGAUUAUUUGGGAAUUACUUUGGGAGGAUCGUUAUCGAUUGGUGGAAUUGGAGCUGAUUCUGUUUUUAGAGGUCCAGCAGCUGCUCAUGUCGCAGAAUUGGAAAUUGUCAAAAGUGAUGGCGACAUUGUCAAUGUCACCUCCUCUUCCACUCUCUUCCGAUCUGUCUUGGGUGGAAUGGGCCAAUUUGGAAUCAUCUCACGCGUUCGAUUGAAUUUGGAAUCGAAUCAUCCAAUGACUCGAAUUUAUCAUUAUGUCUCUACUGAUUUGAAUGUCUUGAUUAAGGCAGCGGAUCAAUUACAAAUUGUCAAUUCUCAAAAUGAGGUGAUUCAGACCAUUCAAACGUUCUUUGUUCCUGACACUUUGUUUUAUAUCCAAAUUUGGGCAUUGAAUGGAAGAACGACUUAUCGAUCACCACAAGAAAAAGAACAAGUUGAAGCAUUAUUGGCAAAGAAUUUAACCUAUGUCUUCAUGUUGGAAAUUACCACAAGAUUUGACACUCAAGCACCAAGUAUGGAAGAAAUUGCUGCAUUGACAGGUCAGACAUUUGACUUGUCAGUGGUCGAUGACAUGCCCACCAAUGUCUGGGAUGAAAGAUUAUUCUAUUUCACCAUUCCAGGUUUAAUUGCAAGUGGACAAUGGUUCCAACGACACACUUGGAUGAAUAUUUAUCUUGCUGGAGAUGUCUUUGAAAGAGAUCCAACCACAAAAUUGAGUGAUUUCGAUCGUUUAAUUGCAAAUUGGACACCUGCAACAACCACUGGAUUUGGACACAUUGGAUUGUAUCCCUUAUUGAAUUCACAAUUUAACAGUGUUCCAUUUGUAUCCAUUCCAAAAACUUCAAAAUGGUCUUAUUUGUUGGUCAUUGGAAGAGAUGAACCAACAGGAACUGAUUCUGGAUUGAAUGAUCAAGUGUUUGACAAUCGACGUAUUUGGGAUUUGUUUACCAAGAGGACCAUAUUCCAAUUGGAUCGACCACAUGCUACUUUGUAUGCAGAUAAUUUGAUUCCUAACUUUAGAAGAAGUGAUUGGAUGGCAAACUUUGGAAAAUGUGUUUGGAGAGAUUUUGUGGCAGCAAAACAUGAAUUUGAUCCAAAGAGAGUUUUUGCUGAUCCUAGAAGUAUUUUCAAGAAUUGA